AUGACACCCGGAGAGCGCUCUGAAGAGGCCUGGCUAUGGCAUACGGCCGUGUGUGAGGCGAUACAGGAGAUACCUCAUGGCAAGGUCACCAGCUACGGCCAUAUCGCGAUGCUGGUUGGAGUCUGUCUCAAGAAUCUGCCAUCGGAAUCGGCCGAUGGCAGCAAUGGGAGUCGUACAUUCCACAGCGGCAACGUGCCUUGGCAGCGUGUGAUCAACGCCAAAGGCGGCAUCAGCCCGAGAGGGCCAAGCGCUGCCGCCCACCAAGCGGAUGCACUGAGGCGCGAGGGUGUCGAGGUUAGGCAGGAUGCCAUGGGGCUAUACACGGUGGAUCUUGACGAGUACGGCUGGUUUCCUGAUAUGCUCCCCAGCGAGGCUGCCUUGGUAGAAAGCAGCGAUGGCGAGGACGCAGACGAGGACACAAACAAGGCGGCGUAG